CGGGCCCCUGUACCGCCUUCUCAUACUGCUGCCAGAUCCAUCCUCUGCCAUGUGCGUCUUUGUCGUCUCCCCACGCUGCUGCUGGGGGGACUUUUUAACAUAGGCCCCUGUAUGGCCUUCAAUUUUAGCUGCUUACGCUCCGCCACUCUGCCAUGGGGCCCCUGUACCGCCUCCUCAUGCUGCUGCCAGGCCCGUAAUUCUGCCAUGGGCCCCUGUACCGACUCCUCAUGCUGCUGCCAGGCCCGUAAUCUGCUUCAUGGGCCCCUUUGUACCGCCUCCUCAUGCUGCUGCCAGGUCCAGAGUGUGUCAUGGGUCCCCUGUACGGCCUCCCAUUGCUGCUGUCUCCAUCGCCACACUCUGCCAUGUGCCACUUUCAGGUCUCCUCACACUGCUGGUGGGUUCCAUUUUGUCAUAUAGGGUGCUGUAUGGCCUCCCAUUGCUGCUGCCUCCACCGCCACACUGUGGCUCCACACUCUGGUUUUGGCCCCGUGACUGCCCAAAUGAGUGAAGUGUGCGGUGAUUCUAAGAUCGACGGCACUCAUCUGCAUGUCAUACUGACUGACAGUAUUUAUUUCUCUUCCCCAGCAGACUCCAAGGGCAUUUAAAAUUAAAGGUACAGUGUUCUGCACUAAUAUAA